UCAGAGAGGGGUAGGUGGAAACAAAGAAUUUUAGCUCCAAAAUACCUGCCUUAUACAUGCAUCUUCCCACCAAGGACUACAAACCCCACAUCAUUCCCACGGAUACACAGAUGAGACUUUCACCGCUGUUCAUUCAACAGGUCCUAUGGUAUAUGGAAUAUGUUACUGUUCUAUGGCCCAGCAGGGAGUUCUAGAGACCCUGAAAGUUGCAGACUCCAAGACACUGACAGAGGCUCAGCGGGAGCAACUCUUUGAGCAACUGAAUGCAACCAAGGAUUAUGUCGGUUGGGCCCUGCAUAUCCUCUCCCCCAACUUUAUCUCUACUAGCAUGCAGCAGCGAGCGAAGUACAACCUGAACGCUCUUUCACAUGACACAGCCAUUGGCCUGAUCCAGCAUGCAUUGGACUUGGGGGUACAGGUUGCAGAGGUCUUCGUGGAUACAGUGGGGCCAGCAGAGAAGUACCAAGAGAAGCUAAAACGCCAGUUCCCAGGACUGGAGGUCACCGUGAGAGCCAAGGCAGACUCCCUCUUCCCCGUUGUCAGUGCAGCCAGCAUCUGUGCCAAGGUGGCAAGGGACAGGGCUGUAAAAAACUGGAAAUUUGUGGAGGAUCUGGAAGAUGCUGUAUUGGAUUAUGGCUCUGGCUAUCCCAAUGAUCCCAAGACUAAAGAGUGGCUCGCACAAAGUCUGGACCCUGUCUUUGGUUACCCACAAUUUGUACGAUUCAGCUGGAGUACUGCUCAGACCAUCUUGGAGAACAAAGCUGUGCCUGUUCACUGGGAUGAUAAUGAAGACGACCCAUCCCAGAAAAGUGCACAGUCCCUGCUGAGCUUCUUUGCCCGGAAAGAGGCUCCUACUGAGCGCCCUCUCCAUCGCUUCUUCCAUGAACGCAAGCUAGAGACGGUGACUAGCCUCUAGGGGAAAGCAGUCCCUUCCCUUCUGGCUGGGACCUGCCAUGUACAUGCAAAGUACUGUUAUUUGUGAAGCAUGAUACAUUUGGCUUCACAAGAAACUUUUCUCAUUAACUUGUUUUUAAACAGGGGUUAGAACUCCUUUGAGCGACAGGUGAGGGUGGUAGCGUGGGAGCACAGGCAUCCUGGUCAGCGGCUCUAGUUCCGAAUCUCACGUUAACGUGAGUGGAGAAUCUCACAUUAAGGGCAUUUGGGUUUCUGUGUUUUUUAGUUUCAGGUAAUAAAAUUUUUAAAUGCAUGUUUUCAGUCCUGCUUUGUGUCAAUUGACCAGUGGUACUUAAGAAAAGCAGACUGAGGUGCUCCGGUGUCUGAGGCAGUUGUAUCUGAAGGAAUACUUUAAAAAAAAAAUGAGAGAGGCUUUAACAACUCACAGCGAUUGCAUCAAAACCCCACUCAAGACUUCUGCUUGAGGGGAGAAGGUUCUUUCCUUCUCCAUCAGGGCAGCCACAGUGAACUGCAGCAUUGGAAAGCGGAUCUCUGUGCUGCUGCAGGGGCGGAAUGGCCUCUGGUCUGUGUGGGUGGGUGCUUGAGGCAGAGGUAUUCGUAUCUGUAAUGAAUAUGUAAGUGAAACCACUAUCAGUAAAGCCUUCAAUGAGAAUUCUCUGCAGUUUCAGUACAGGUUGACUCUGUUCCACCUUUACUUGUAAGCCAUUUCUGAUGGUUUAGAGAAAAAAUGGGGGUGGGGAAAUUUCCCUAGCUGUACAUCAGGGCCAGAAACUUAUAUAGCAGCUAAGAGAUGAAAGUCCUUGAUCUGAGUCUGUCUUCAGUCAUAAAGUCACUAGGGUUGCCAGGAAGCCAAAAAUGUCCUGGCCUUUUAAUAGAGGCAUAAUGUGUUGAAAUGGGCUGCUGGAGCUUUUCGUGGCAUGGAGGUAAAUAAUAUCACCUGGUAAAUAAC